AUGGUCUCAGAUGAUUUGAAUACUAUGCUGGAGGCGGAGGUUACAGAAUUGGAAGGUCGUAAUGUAGUUUUCGGCCUGGGGAACAAUCGUGCACCUGGUAUCGACGGUAUCACUUCAUCCUUUUUAAAAUUUUACUGGGAAAUAAUCAAAGUUGAUGUUACCCGUGCUAUUCUUCAUUUUUUUACCACUAAUUCUAUGUGUGAAAGUUGGAAGAACAUGUUGGUUGUUCUUGUUCCCAAGAAUGAUCAUGCCAAUAUGCCUUCAAAGUUUAGGCCAAUCAGUCUUUGUCAAUCAUUUUAUAAGGUGGUUGCGAAGGUGUUGAUUAAUCGGCUUAAACCAAUCUUGGGUAUUAUUAUCAGUGAAGAACAAGGGGCUUUUGUUCCAGGAAGGUCUAUUUCUACUCAUGGGUUGGUGGCUCAAGAGAUAAUAAGUAAGUUCAAGUUUUCAGCUCAAAAAUCUUGUUUCAUGGCGCUGAAGUUGGACAUGGAACAAGCAUACGAUUUGUUUCGGCAGAGAGGUGGGCAGCUUAGUAUUGAGCACGUUAGAAAUGCCGACGGGAUUUCACAUUUAUUGUAUGCUGACGAUAUCUUGAUAUUUGCUGAGGCCACCCGAAGCAAUGCUAGUAAGAUCACUCGUCUGUUGGGAGAUUAUUGUGGCUGGACGGGUCAGCAAGUUAAUGGUAGUAAAUCUGCCAUUUUAUUCAAUAGGAAGUGCCCUGCUUGGAAGAAGAGAAUGAUUGCUAAACUCAUGGGAUAUAGAAAGGUGGACUCUCUUGAGUACCUUGGAUUACCUUUGAUGAUGAGGAAGCCUGUUGCGGCGAAUUUUGGUAAUUUAAUCAGAAGUGCACAGAACAAGACAAAUUUGUGGGGGAAGAAACAUUUAUCCUAUGCUGGUAGAGCUCUUUUGAUAAGGACUGCUCUACUUCCUAUUCCAAUGUAUCUAGUUACCCAUACUGCGGUUCCUCAUGGUGUUCUUAAUGAUAUUGAGAAGAUUGCAAGGAGGUUCCUGUGGCAGAAGGACAAUAAUAAUAGAGGGAUGCACUAUGUAGCUUGGAAGGAGCUUUGUCAACCUAGGUCGCAUGGGGGAAUGGGAUUUUAUAGUUCGGUGAAAUGGCAAGGAGCUCUUCGAGCUCGGCUGGCAUGGGAUUUUCUUCAGAAUUCUGGAUCCCUGUUGUAG